UUGAUCUGACACCUUUUAAGCAGCAAAACCUUUUUAAUGGAUAUACUGCUAUAUCUGAAAUUCAAAGCUUAUUUGCAAGUUUCUCUACUAGGAAUUGUACUCUGCAUGUUUAGUAAUCCCAUACCGAGUAUCGGGGCUGAGAAGCUGUGAUGGUUUCUAGCUGGUCCCCCUUCCCUGAUAGGCGCUGUGCAGGCGUGGAGUCUUCCAGGAUCUACUUCCCGCUCCCAUCCACUGCUCUGCCACGUGAUGCUGGUCUGUCUGUGCCACGCUUGCCCAGAAGUAAUGCUCCAGAGAUCUUAAUGAGGGCUAUAAAGUUCUGGUGGAGAUGAGCAUUGUUAUUCUCAAAAUGCCAUGUUGCCUCAGAAGAGGGGACAAAUACCUUCCAGAAUAGCCAUGAACUGUUACUGGAAAGUCCUGGCAAUUUUCUCACUGUUUCUUCCAAGAGCAUUGUCUCUCCAGCCAGCCCAGCCCAGAGUAUUGCUAGUAUCUUUUGAUGGAUUUCGAUGGGAUUACAUCUAUAAAGUCUCGACUCCCAAUUUUCACUAUGCCAUGGAGAAUGGUGUUCAUGUCAAACAGGUCACUAAUGUGUUUAUAACCAAAACGUAUCCUAAUCAUUAUACAAUGGUGACUGGUCUCUAUGCAGAAAGCCACGGUAUGGUUGCUAAUGAGAUGUAUGAUCCUGUUCUGAAUGAAACUUUCUCUCUGAACAAAAUGGAUAUCCAUAACUCCAAGUUCUGGGAAGAAGCCAGCCCAAUAUGGGUAACGAACCAGGGGGAAGGACAUAAAACUGGAGCAGCUAUGUGGCCUGGAACAGAUGUGAAAAUACAUGGAGUCUUUCCUACAUAUUACAUGCCCUACAAUGAAUCUGUUUCCUUUGAAGACAGAGUUGCUAGGCUUAUUGACUGGUUUACAUCAGAAGAACCCAUAAACUUUGGUCUCCUAUAUUGGGAACAGCCUGAUGAGAUGGGCCAUAUUCUGGGCCCAGAAAACCCACUUAUGGGACCGGUAAUUAGUGAUAUUGACAAAAAGCUGGGAUAUCUUAUGUCUGAACUGAAGAAAGCGAAGCUGUGGGAUGUGAUAAAUGUCAUAAUCACAAGUGAUCAUGGAAUGUCACAGUCCUCCUUGGAAAGGCUCAUUGAGCUUGAUCAGUAUGUGAACAGAGCGCUCUAUGAAGUCAUUGAUCACUCUCCUGCAGUAGCUAUUUUGCCAAAAGAAGGCAAACUGGAUGAAGUAUAUGAAGCUUUGGCCAAUGCUCAUCCCAACAUGACUGUCUAUAAAAAGGAGCAGAUUCCAGAUAGAUUACAUUACAAACACAACAGUAGAAUUCAGCCAAUCUUAGCAGUGGCUGAUAAAGGAUGGGAAAUUGUUUAUAAUAAGUCUGGCGGUUUUCAAUUUGGUAAUCAUGGAUAUGACAACAUCGUACCAGAAAUGCAUCCAAUUUUUUUGGCGGUUGGGCCUGCUUUCAGAAAGAAUGCCACCAAAGAAGUCAUGAAUGCUACAGACUUGUACCCCUUACUGUGCCAUCUACUUGGUAUUAACCCACUGCCAAACAAUGGUUCAUUCAACGCUGUGAAAGAUAUACUUGCAGAAGAAGUGCCUGUAGCUUUUGGAACAGACACCUAUGCUACUGUUGUAGGAGUCUUUCUGGGCAGCUUUCUUGUUAUGGUUUUUAUUGCAGUUUUUGUUAAGCAUUUUAUCCUCACCCAAGCACAUACCAUGCAAAUGCAACAUACCGAAGCUGCCCAGCCGCUGUUGCAAGAUCAAUAACACUUGCUACUAUCUCCUGUUUGAUGCUUAAAAUAAGCUUAUAAAAAAAAAAAAAAUAUGGAGGUGGUUCAGCAUAAGUAUGUGGAGUAAGAGGAAAUGGAUGCUGAUCCAUUGGUACACUGGAGUACGUACAUACUAGGCACGCAGAGAAAGUGUGUCUCUGUUUCACCCUGCAACCACUUAAUCUUUCAGGGGUUGAAAAUAUUCUAGGUAAACUUCAAAGCUGUAUAUGUAUGUAGACAUGUAGUGACAAUAGACCUUGAAUACCUCAUUCUAAAAGCUACUUUUAGGGAAAUACCUAAGUACCAUCAACUGAGGUACACUUCACAGGCUAUUACAUGAUGAUCUAAUUUCCCCCAUUGCCCCCCUGCCCCCCCUUUUUUUUUCUUUGAGAGGUUUUUUAAAGUCUCUUAGAUUCUAACAUGUCACUGAAUGUGACUAGACUUCUUUGGGCUUUUUUCUUCCCUGCCCAAGGAAGCUUUCGCAUGGAUCACCAUUAGCGAUAGCUUGGUGGAUUAAAUCCUGCAGAAACCAACAUUAAUAAGCUAGGUCAUGCAGUGCUAAGUGUCUAAGUUUAGAGUUAGGCAUAUUUCUUUAAACUACUGUGUUAAUUGUAGCCCCUAAAUAUGAAUGUAGGUGGUAUUGCCUUUAGCAGUCAGCAUUAAACGACUUGAUGUUUUUUUUUUCUUUUAAACUUGGGUAAAUACAGGUUUUCAUGAUUUUAGGUAAAUGUAGGUCUUUACCUUUUCUAUUGGUUCCUGUACACUGGAAUAAAUUUUCUAGGAGUUCCAUGCAGGAGAACAACACCCAUAUAUCCAAACGGAGUCUUUUGUAUUUCUGUGAUAAGAGGGUUCUUUCAGAAGAAGGCAGAUGAAUCAGUUAAGGAACAUACAUGUACAAGCUGGUUUCAGAGUGCUGUCAAGCUUGUCACUGGGUGUAACAUCAGAUCUUUUACUGGAGACUCUUCUCAGGCCUGAGCUUGGGUUGCUGUCUUGUGUUUUAUCUGAUAUGUCUGGGUGGACCUUAGAAUUUGAUGAGUAGGAUUAGACACACAAUUUAAGGAAUAGCUGUAUAAAUCUUAAGCCAUAUAUACUCUUAAAUCUGAAAAAGCACGCUUUGAUAUGAAAAAAAGGUAUAAGACUGGAGUUUGUUCUUCCAGAGGAAAGUCUCUGUCAGGGAAAAUUAUUGAGUCAACAAACCUAUAUAUUACUUUGAUUCUUUUUUGUGUGGGGCAAUAAAUAUUCUUGCUAUUGUGGGUUUUUUUUUAUGAGCUCACUUAGGUGAGAAGUUGCUGACUAAGAUUUGUAUGAAAAAACAUGGUAUCAAGUGACACUAGUUGUCUAGUUGUUGGACUUGGUUAAAAGCUGAUUUUUUUUUCCCCUCCCUGUGUGAGUUAGUCUUUCUCUGCACUUUGCUUCUGAGUACAGGGCCUGAAGGAUAAAGAAACUCAUUCAAAAUUCACACAAAUACUCAGUCUGGAAUUUCUGUAAGUGCAAUUCAUUGCUUUAUCCACAGCACCCAGCAGAGGGCAAAGAUGGGAACUUCUUGGCCUUGGAUGUGCUCUGUCAAACUUGAUGGUGUGACUAACAGGCUAAUACUGCAAUCGGGAGGGCUGUUAGCAGGACAAGCAAGGAGCUGCAACAAGCUGGCUGACUGAAGUUCAAAACUCGUUUUGCUAAACUUAGUUCUAGACUUAAUGAAUGAUGUCUGGGUGAGUUCAGAAGUGAGUUUACUCUGCCUCAGUGAUGACUCUACUUCCAACACAGUGAGGACCAGACAGCUCAUAACGUGGCACUGUAAUCUGUUGUAUUCCUCCUCCGUGAUGGCAGAGGCACUUGCUUAGCAUUAACCUGUCUUGCAAACAGAUGUGGAAAGUUUCCAGAGGCUGCAGCUAGGUGCACCGAAUGCUGGAGAGGGAAGGCAGUGAAAUAACCCAAUUUGAGGUGUAUGCUGAAAGUCUAGCUGUAAUAGUAGCUUUAGGAAGACAGGAAACUAGCAGAUGUGUUAGGAGGACAGCCCCUUAAUUUGCAGAAUAUGUAUGAAGUCUUAAUCUAACGCAUUACGGGAAUUCUGCUGUUAUUCUGUGCACUGCCUUGCUCUCCUAUGUUGCCAUUUUCUUAAGAAAAUACUGAAGGAAAACUUCUGGGAUAGCUGUGCCUGACACUGUAAAGCUGAUUCUUGGUGGAGCUGACUAUUUGGUAUGUCUUAAAUCUAAUUUGCUGAUGCCAGCUAAAACUGAAUGCUGCAGGGGCUUAUCAAGCUGAAAGAUGAAGGCAGUAAUGAUGCCAUGGUAGUUUCUAGAGAGGCUGGGAAGUCAGAGUAGAAAACCUAAACCUCUAAAUUGUUCCUAAUCACUUCCCUAGCUACCUUCCAAGAAGUGGAUGGCAGAUAGCAAAUUGAUGCAGAGUCCACCUUUUCUUGCUUAAAAACAAAUUGUAGCACAAACUUCGUGUGUGUGUGUGUGUGUAGAUAAAGAUCUACAGGCUUGGUUAAGGGAGUAACAGUGAAGACUGGAGAUGCUGUAAUCCUCACCUGUGGCUACCUCAGUUACUCACUUUCUCACUUUAGAACAUGCUGCUUUAAUAGAAAUUCUUCUUAUUGUAGUCAUUUCAUAGCGAUGCUUGUGGCAGAUGUAAAAACUGGAUUGUAAUCUCAGAGGUGUUCAUUAAACUCUGGCUUUUUUAAUUGUGACAGGUGUAGUUCUACCAUCAGCCAUGGUGACCCUUCAUUUUACAGAGGGGGUGAAGUUGGUCAGUGUUGUUCAGCCAUCCUGGGACUUAGGCUUACCUGCCCAAACAUGUGACGAGGGAAGAGCCGUAAGUUUCCCCUAACAAAGGGUUUGGGAACAACAACAUUCAGAAUAGAUUGGGAACACGAACAUGAAAAUUCGUCUCGAUGUUGUUGUUCUGCAUUGCACUGUAAGGCCCUUUGAGGAGGGUAAAAUGAAACUUUGUAGAAAACUGAAGGGAAUCUUUCAGCAUUCGGGUAUUUCAGUUUAGGUUUAAACAUGUUUCCUUUAUUGCAGGUACUGGGUAGUUAACUUGUUAGGAUAUUUGCCUAGCCAGUGUUAAACAGUGUUUUAAGCUGUUGGGUGUAUGCUUAAUGAACUUGAAAGCACAUGGUGGCGCUGGAGAAAAAUAACCAGCUUUUUCUCUGGUGAACGUGAGUUUUGUCAGGCUACCUUUUUGGUUGGGGAGGAUGUGGGAUUUGGUUUCUGUGUAUAUGAUACUUUCUAUGAUGUACGAACACGUUUAUUGGAAAGUAGCUUUGAGAACAUUGUGUACCACUUGUAAUUCAGGCUUGAAAACAGAGAAGCUUGCAUGAUUCUGUCUUUUAUUAUUGACCUGUGAAGCAUAGUUUGAGAUAUCAAGCGUUUUCUUUGUUUCUUUCUGUUUGGAAAUGUUGAAGUUGAAAUAUAUUUUUGCUAUAGUGCUGUCAAGCAUUGAGUGCUUGCUUCAUUUAAAAACACGCCUGGAAAAAAAACUUGGAAUUGUAGGGGGAACAUGGCUUUAACUCAUAUGCAUCCCAAAUCUUUCUUGUACUAUGCCCAGUGUACACCUUCAUUAAAAAUAACUGGAAGUGUGAUUGAUAGAACUUAAGAAUUUUAGGCCGAAGGUCUUAUAUAAAAGACUUCAUUUCGCACCUUGCUAUUGUAUAUGGAAAUAACAGCUAUCUAUCUGUUACCAACAAUGGUAAUAGUUUCUUUCAGAAUCUUGCAGAUUUCAUGGUAAAGAGCUGCAGUAAUGCUGUUUACAAAAAGUGCAGUCUCAAAAAAAAAAAA